AUGAAGUGUUUUGAAAUCUUCGAUAAAGCACUAUAUUUUACCAGACGUCGUUUUCACGGAUGGGUUGAACAUGGGCAGUAUAUCGAUGCAUUGAUAAACUGUAAAGAAUCGACCAUUUGGGAGGAUGAAAACGAUCGACUUCGAUUGCUUCAAGCAUUUGCUGACUUAGGCAGUGUUUAUAAGGGCGCAUUUUCAUUCCGACGCAUUUUUCGGACCGAACAAAUUAAACGUCUCAUCUUGGAUUCCAUAAACAAACAGUUUAUAUAUCAAGGACAAAUAAUCAUCGAAUUCUUGGCCAGGAGCGGGUACAAGGACGAGCCCGAAGUUGAUGAAAAUGGCAGACCAGUGACACGUCGCACCACACCAAUUCAUCGCGCGGCUGAAAACAAUCACCACGGCCUCAUCCAUAGUCUGUUUAAGAUUUACAACAGAUUUGACGUGAAUUUCACCGACGAAUCAGGCUACACGCACUUCCACGCGGCCUGCCAGUCCGGUUGCGAGUAUGCCGUCGCGAAAUUCCUCGAGCUCGGGCAAGAUCCCAAUUGCCUCGUGCCAGCAACAGGCGAUUCACCAUUGCUCUUGGCUGCGAGGUACGAUCACACGAAGGUGGUAGAAUGGCUGCUGAGAAGUGGCGCCCGUCCGAAUUUGGCCAACGAAGAUAAUUUGACACCUUUGCACGCCAUUUGCCGGCAUGGCCAGUACGUAGACACGGCGAAGCGGUUACUCGAGAUCAGCGACGAAGUCAAUCGACCGGUGGAGAUUAACGCCCGGGAUAAGUUUGGCCAAACGCCGUUGUAUUUAGCUGGGAAAAACGGUUUCGAGGAGAUGUUCGCCCUUUUGCUGAGACGAGGUGCGAAUCCGAACUUGGCUAACGAGCUCGGACAGACUCCUCUGCACGUUAUUGCCGAGGCUCGUGAAACCCCAGAUAUGAUGGAGCUACUUUUUCAGAUCAGAUCAGAGAAACGUCAGCCGGUGCGGAUCGAUGCCCAGGACGAAUCCGGUAAAACAGCACUUCACUACGCUCUGGAGCUCCGACGCGAAAGAUCUGCUGAAUUCCUUUUGAAAAACGGCGCCAAUCCAAGUUUAGCCGAUAAGUAUGGAUUGACUCCUCUGCACAUUAUUUGCGAUAAGCCUGCGCUUGCGGAAAAAUUUUUUCAGAUCAUGACUGAUCAAAAUCAAAUGGUGGAGGUCGAUGCCCGGGACAGUUGGGGUGAAACACCACUACACUAUGCUCUGAGGAGCGGUCACAAAAAGAUAAUCGAAUCGCUACUGAUGAGAGGCGCAGAUCCGAAUCUCUCGAGCGCAACGGGAUCAACAUCUUUGCACAUAAUUUGCGAACGACGCAUGCCUAGCGAUGACGAUAUGAUGAAAACAUUCUUCGAGAUUACUGACGAAUUGGGACUGUCGUUGAACGUCGAUGCCCGGGACAAGUGGGGUUGGACACCGCUGCAAUGGGCCGUCGAGAGAAUUUUUCCGCAUUCUGUCAAUGUUCUCUUGGAUCGUGGCGCCGAUCUGGCAAGUUUUGUUUUUCCCGCUGAGAGUCCAUUUAACAAAAUAUUUCAGUCGCGACUUAAUUUUACUUCCGAAUCGGAACUAGUCGGUCUUCUGUGCAUCAUCGAUGAUCUAGAGAACAAAGGAUACGAAUUGGCUCAAAGCGGCGCCCUAACGAUUAUGAAAGUGUUCGCCGAUUUUGGGUCGUUCGCGACGACCGAGGAUCUCGACAAAUGGUAUCACGACGACGAGAGGUUCGCGAUAAAAGCGAAAAAAAUUAUGAAAUCCCUGUAA